AUGGCCGCUGUUGCUCAGAACUCUGCCAAUACCAUCGCUCUAGACGGACCGAGCGGUGCUGCCGAUGGCUUCCCAACCGACGGCACUGGCGUUGUCAAGCUUGACCCCUGGCUGUCGCCUUUUCAGGAAUCCUUGAAGAGGCGCUACUCUCGCGCUCAGGACUGGAUCAAGAAAAUCAAUGACACUGAAGGUGGGCUUGAGAAGUUCUCCAAGGGCACCUCACUCUUUGGAUUCAAUGUCGACCAGGACAACAACAUCAUUUAUCGAGAAUGGGCACCCAACGCCACUCAGGCUUUCCUGACUGGUGACUUCAAUAAUUGGGACCGGAACUCUCAUGAGAUGAAGAAGAAUGACUUCGGAGUUUUCGAAAUUACUCUUCCCGCAAACAAUGGCCAGGCUGCAAUCCCUCACAACUCCAAAGUCAAGAUCUCCCUGCAACUUCCCAGCGGCGAGCGCGUCGACCGGCUCCCUGCGUGGAUCAAGUACGUGACGCAAGAUCUGUCCGUAUCCCCAGCCUACGAUGCUCGUUUCUGGAAUCCUCCUGCGGGAGAAAAGUACGAGUUCAAGUACCCGAGGCCACAAAAGCCUCGCAGCGCACGCGUAUACGAGGCCCAUGUGGGAAUCUCAUCACCCGAGUUGCGCGUUGCAACUUACAAGGAGUUCACCCAAAACAUGCUGCCCAGAAUCCGAGAUCUCGGAUACAACGUUAUUCAGCUCAUGGCAGUUAUGGAGCAUGCCUACUAUGCCAGCUUUGGGUACCAGAUCAACAACUUCUUCGCCGCUAGCAGUCGUUACGGACCACCGGAAGACCUCAAGGAAUUGGUCGACGUGGCUCACAGCAUGGGAAUCACUGUGCUUCUCGAUGUUGUUCACAGCCAUGCCUCCAAGAACGUUCUGGAUGGACUCAACGAAUUCGACGGCACAGACCACCAAUACUUCCACGAGGGAGGACGUGGCCGCCAUGAGCUGUGGGACAGCAGGCUGUUCAACUACGGUCAUCACGAAGUGAUGAGAUUCUUGCUCAGCAACCUGCGGUUCUGGAUGGACGAGUACCACUUUGAUGGUUUCCGUUUCGACGGUGUGACGAGCAUGCUCUACCAGCACCACGGUAUCGGAACUGGAUUCUCUGGUGGCUACCACGAGUACUUUGGGCCGGACGCUGAUGAGGAGGCGAUUGCUUACCUCAUGAUUGCGAACGAACUGCUGCACUCAUUGUACCCGGAAGUUAUUACCAUCGCUGAGGAUGUUUCGGGUAUGCCGGCUCUUUGCCUGCCGCUCUCCCUCGGUGGUGUUGGCUUCGAUUAUCGACUCGCCAUGGCUGUCCCGGAUAUGUGGAUCAAGAUCCUCAAGGAGACAAAGGACGAAAACUGGGACAUUGGCAACAUCUGCUUCACUCUCACAAAUCGGAGACAUGGCGAGAAGACCAUUGCCUAUGCUGAAAGUCACGACCAAGCGCUUGUGGGUGACAAGACCCUCAUGUUCCAUCUUUGCGAUGCCGAGAUGUACACGAACAUGUCAACUUUGACUCCCUUGACGCCGGUCAUUGACCGCGGCAUGGCCCUCCACAAAAUGAUUCGUCUGUUGACCCAUGGUCUCGGCGGCGAAGGCUACCUGAACUUUGAGGGCAAUGAAUUUGGCCAUCCUGAAUGGCUUGACUUCCCGCGCGAGGGCAACCAGAAUUCGUUCUGGUAUGCUAGACGCCAGCUGAACCUCACUGAUGAUCAUUUGCUUCGAUACCAAUUUUUGAACAACUUUGAUCGCGCAAUGAACACCACCGAGGGCAAGUACGGCUGGUUAGCCGCGCCUCAGGCGUACAUCUCUCUCAAGAAUGAGAAUGACAAGGUCAUUGUUUUCGAGAGGGCUGGCGUAGUCUUCAUUUUCAACUUCCAUCCCACUGAGAGCUUCGCGGAUUACAGAAUCGGCAUUGAUGUGCCCGGCUCUUACAAGGUCAUCCUCAACACUGACUCCAAAGACUUUGGAGGUCACGCGCGGGUGGAUGAGGGAACCCGAUUCUUCACCACUGCCAUGGAGUGGAACAACCGCAAGAACUGGACUCACGUCUACAUUCCCAGCAGAUCUGCCUUGGUGCUUGGCUUGGAGUCACCCAUCUCCCAGCACUCCUAA